GUUACUCACUUUUUAACUUGACGCAGUUUGGCUGGGUCACGCUGCAAACCAGCCGGAUGUUUUGUGUCGCCAGUAUGUGAUGGGAACAUUUGCUCAUCUUUUUUUGCACAAAGCUAAUCGUGCGGCUCCAGCGGCGGCCCUGACCAGGUCUGACUGGCUUCAGAGUUGCAGCAGUGAUGUUUUGGCUUUCCACAGAAGUAGUGAUUUGAAUGAGACAUGCAUCAGACGCACUAAGAGCUGGCACCAAUGAGUCGAGCUUUGUGAGAGGGCAGCAGGCGGCCCUGUGUGCUGGAUGUCUGUGACAGAUCCAUGGGCCACAAGGACCAUGUGGAGGAAGGAGCAGGCCACAUCCUGGAUUUGGGGCUGGAUUUGGAGUAUCUCCACGUAGCAGGGGCUGACCGGCAGGCUGGCGGCGCUGACGGGGCCUCUGCUAUGGAGGAGCAGGGGGAGAGCUCCGGUAACAGCAGCACUGCCAAUUCCCCUCCACCGGCCGUGGCGGAGGAAAAUACCGGGUCUGAUGCAGAGUGUGAGCCGGCACUGUCUUCCAGUGCCACUCUCGCUGCUGGCCCCGACCCGGAUGAAAGAGAGGGAGGGUUAACUCACAGUAAGAACACCCACCAGCCGCUUUGUCGGACCCAGUGUGUGGACUUGGGCACUGAAGGUCCUCCUGAGCCGCCAUCUGAAGUCCCAUCAGAGUUUGAACACGACAAUCUUGCCCGGUCCUCACCCAGCUCCCCAUGUAAGUACCCACCCGAGCCUCCACCCAAUUCCUCCACAUCGGACCCAGCAUCCGAGGCUGGCGGGAAGGAAUACCAGGCUAAGCUGGAGUUUGCCUUGAAGCUGGGCUACUCUGAGGAGACUGUGCGACUGGUGCUUUCUAAGCUUGGCCCCGACACCCUCAUCAAUGACAUACUGGGAGAGCUGGUUAAACUGGGCACCAAGUCAGACAGCGAGGCGCCGACUGGAUCAUUAGCCUCUACCUCAUCUACUUCAUCCUCCUCUUCCUCUUGUGGCUGUUCUGAUUUACUGGAUGGCCAGAGGUCGGACUCACCCUGUCCUUCAGACUCUCUGUGUGACCAGGACAACCUGCGGCCAGUUGUGGUGGAUGGCAGUAAUGUAGCCAUGAGCCAUGGCAACAAGGAAGUGUUUUCCUGCCAGGGCAUCCAGCUGGCUGUAGACUGGUUCCUGGAGCGAGGCCAUCAUGACAUCACAGUGUUUGUGCCUGCGUGGAGGAAAGAGCAGUCCCGCCCUGAUGCCCCUAUAACAGAUCAGGAGAUCUUGCGUCGCCUAGAGAAGGAAAAGAUCCUGGUCUUCACUCCGUCGCGGCGUGUCCAAGGCCGGCGAGUGGUUUGCUAUGACGACCGCUUCAUUGUCAAACUGGCCUAUGAGUCAGACGGCAUCAUUGUCUCCAAUGAUAACUACCGAGACCUGGCUAAUGAGAAACCAGAGUGGAAGAAGUUCAUCGAUGAGCGGCUGCUCAUGUACUCCUUUGUCAAUGACAAAUUCAUGCCCCCAGAUGACCCUCUUGGUCGUCAUGGCCCCAGCUUAGACAACUUCCUGAGAAAAAGACCUGUCAUGCCUGAGCAGAAGAAACAGCCUUGCCCAUAUGGAAAGAAGUGCACUUACGGCCACAAGUGUAAGUACUACCACCCAGAAAGAGGUGCUCAGCCUCAGCGUGCUGUUGCUGAUGAGCUGCGUGCUAGUGCCAAGACCUGUGUAACCACAAAAAACCAGGGGGACACCGGGCUGGUGAAGAGCCACAGUGUGCCAGCUGGCAGCAUCGAGGCAAAGAAAGGCGCCCAGAAAAGGCAGUCAGACCCUAGCAUCCGAGCUUUGUCGUACAGCGAUGCUGAGGAGAAGCUGCUGGCAAAAGGGAGGGUGGAAAGCCAGAAGAACAGUAUGUGUGGCGGCAGCAGUAGUGGUAGUUGCAGUGGAAGCAUCACCAUGUCCCCAGCCCCAGGAGGCGGCCCUCCAUCCGGUCUUAGCUUUCCUCAGGAGCAACAGCCGAGAGCAGCGACUCCUCACAGUCUACCUGCCCCCAGCCACGACCUUUACCCGCACUGUGAGUCUCCAGACUUGAGCUAUUACUCAGUAACACGUGCCUACUCUGGCCUGAGCCUUUCCUCCAGGCGGAGCCCAGACUGCCGCUUCCCCAAUGACACAGACCUGCGGAUAGGCUCAAUGGGCUCAGCAGGCUCCGAAUGCAGCAGUGAAAGCAGCGUGAGUUGCAGCAGCAGCUGUGACUCCUACAGUGAGAGGCCGUGUCCUGGAUGCCACCCAGACACCUUACUGGAAGACACCGUCCAUUUUGCUAAUCCCCACAGCCGGCUGUAUCCCCAUCAUGCCGCUUCAAACCAUGAACUUUGUAGCCUUCAUUCUGCAGAUUAUGGAAAUAUCCAACACAGCCACACGUCUAAUACGGGAGCACACAACUACCACCUGAUUGUGGCACGUGGGCAGAGCUGUGCUCACGAUCAGCCUCCGCCAGAGGCUCCCCCAAAGCGCCCUCUCUACCCCUUGCCCCCUCAUCUCCAGCACCAGCCGCUAGCUGCACGCUCUAGCUGCCCAGGCGACUACCACUCUCUGCCUCAGUCCAACCCUCACCCUCCUGGCUCUCCUCUUGGCAGCUGCCUGGCCCCCACACGAGCAGAGAGUGUGUCAGAUUCACAUUUGUAUGAACACCUCUCCACAUCACGCCAUCACCACCGUACAAAAGCUUUGCCCAGCUGGGACACGUACUACAGACAAGCUCCAUUGCCGCCCUCCAGGUAUGAGCCGUCCGCCUAUCAAAGCCUGCCAGACACUCGCCAGUCAUCUUGGCAUCCGUGGGCUCAGGACGGCUACGCCCAGCACCACUCCUCGCAUCCAGCUCUCCACCCAUCCCCAACACAUUACUUAAACCACCCACCGCCUCCAGCCCGCUCUCCUCACACGCCUCAUCCAACCAGCACUCCUCUCCAGCCCUACCAGCCUCACAGCGCUCACCUUACAGUGCCCUCCCACGCUCCUCCCUCUUACAUGUCGCAGCACCCGGAAUCCCCUGCACACAGCCGGUACGGGGACGUGAGGGAGAAAGUCUACAUGAACCUGUGUAACAUCUUCCCCUCGGAGCUGGUGAGCCGGGUGAUGGCCAGGAGCCCCCACGUCACAGACCCCCAGCAGCUGGCAGCUGCCAUCCUUGCAGAGAAAGCCCAAACAGGCUACUGAAGGAAGAAAGAAAGAAAGAAAGAAAGAAAGAAAGAAAGAAAGAAAAUGUAUCUCCCAUAAGAAAACAGCAGUUAUGUUGUCUGUCAUCAGCAGAGCAAACUGGAAUUUGCCUUUGCAACAUUUGAAAGUGGAAUUUUAAAUACUGGAAUGCUUUUGGAUUGUCUGCAAAGAAAGCCUUUUAACAUUAAGACAAUGCAUAAGUUUCAAGGAAAUAAAAUGCUGAAGAUAAUCCAGCUCUGGUCACUGUGCAGCGGCAACUAAAUCAACUCAACUUUAAGAAGUGUGGAGAGAGCGAGUCAUUUGACAAAAUCUAUGACUGACACAAAGUGCAACUUGUGGAUAUUGGUCUAGAUUGCCCAAUUAUUCGCUUUUAUUUAUUUAGUAGCUGAUUAUAUGCAUCUUUCACAUGCAGGACUUGUUAUGCAUAAAAUUCUCAAGAGGCACUUUUUGUGGUUUUACAGCCAAAUCAUAACCUAGUGAGUCGGUAUUGCAUACAUAAAUACCUUGACAUGAAGGAUUAUUUAAUAAUUUCCACCACCUUUAUGGCCAGAUUCUGAUUUGUAUGGACCACACACACACACACACACACACUGUGUGCUUUGUACACUGUACUUACUGUCUGACCUGAGAAUUUCCUUUCUUGCAUGUUUAAAGCACCAGAUGGAUAGGAUUUUCUACUUCAUAACUAUAAAGAAAGUGUCACAGUUAAGUAUUCAGUCUUAAUUCCUGAUAUUUCCAUGCCAUUUUCUUAAUUUUUAUGUGGCAAAUCCCCAUCUGGUACACCGUUAUCACAUGACCGUUUCAAACUACUAUUUGAAUGAGGUCUGUCUAUUAUCUUAAUCUCCUUGUGUGUGUUGUGCGGCCAUUUGUGGGGGGGGGGUUCCAUGUUGAUAAGAGAUGGUGUCCGAAAGAUAGUCGUCUUAUUUGAGAUGACAUCAGUAUUUUGGUCAGAGUUGUAGCUGUAGAGAUGGGUGACCCUGUCGUGUGUACCUUAGUUUUAGUAAGGGACAUCUCUCUCUCUCUUUCUAUCUCUCUCUCUCUCUCUCUCUCUCUGGACCCUUUGAUUUGGGUCAACUCUGGUAUCUGCUACAGACAGAACAUCUGGACAUCAGUAAAUCAAACAUGUAUGUAUUGUAAAUAUAUUUAACAGAUUUCCCUGCUGUUCUACUGGCUAACAGAGUCUACUGUUGUCUGUAGCAGAUCCCAGCUGAAUCCAUGCUAGACGGAGAAAAACCUUGUUUGAUACAAAUUGUAUCAUUAACUAAGUCGCUGAUGUUAUAUACAGUACAUGGACUUGUUGAUCUGUAUUUAUCAAACACUCUUGAUGUAUUGCUAUAUGAUGAAGUGCAUUGACAACAGUUAUGUUCCAAUCGAGAUGUUCCAACUUUUAAUCUUGUGGAAAUUGCUUUGAGACAAUUAUUUCACAUGUUAGGAAACAAAAGGAGUCGUCUGCCUACUAUGUUUAGGCAUCACAACUUCCUUCUCUGCGCUUUUGGGUUUGAAGCUGGCUUAUUUUUUACAGGAGCUCCAAUUAAAUCAUGUGUAAGAAAUAUGCUUUGGUUUACUGGUUUGAAAACAGAAGUGAAUUAAGUCUGUUUUUUCACGGUCAGGUUGGGGUCAGUUAAUUUUAAGCUUUCUUUUAGCUUUUUUAUUAAGUCAGGAGGUGGAUUUCCUUAAGCUAACAUUACACAACGUUAUGCUUGAAAUAACAGAGAAUUGAUGUUUUAUCAGUAAUUACUCUAAUGUUUCAAUUAAAUCAUAAAUUGAGUUGUAAGACCCCAACCAUGUUUAAUAGGUAAAGUUUUGUAUUUGGGUCAGUCCAAUAUCCCAUGGCGGCCAUUUUGAAUGUCUCUACCAAAGCUCUUCUUGGAGUAUCUGCAAACGUAUCAUUUUUGCUUCAACAAAAAGAUGAGGUCUUCAUAGAACCAUGAGUUAUCCAGUCAGUAAAGACAUCUCGAGAACAACUGCUUAGCAGGAAGUUUAGCUAGCUAACCUACUAGCCCUUUUCAAACAAAUGUGUUAUAUGAUGUGUGAUAUUUUAAGACAUAUUUAAAUGUCUAUGGCCACAGUGCAUUACAUAGGGGUAUGUUGAAAUAAAAUGCUUAUAAAUGAAGAAAAUGUCUUCACAAACAGGAGAAUUAUUACUCCUGAGGCUACCUGAGCACUUACUAAGCAAUUUUUUUUUACAACAUUUUGUUGUAUUUCACACCUGACCUGUUCAGGAUAUAACCUGCCUAUGGCCUGUCGUAUGCUGGGAUACUCCAAAAUGAAUUCAGACAUACGUUGCACUUUUAUUAGGAUGUUAAAUAUUCCGCAGCAUUAGCCUAUCUAUGACUAUGCUAGAUUGCUGUAUUUAAACCUAGCCCUGUGGCCAGAAUAGGAUGAUAGCUGACUGUUUAUUGAUCUGGGUUCUUGAGACUAUUUUGUGUAAAUAAUUAAUAAUUCCUGUUGUCACUUUCUAACUGGUUAGCAGCAGGACAUAGCUUGGUUGUACCGGAUCACGUUGAGUCCUACCAAAGCGUAACGCAAGUUCAAAAUGGCCACCAAGGAAUUAAAGUCUGCAGAGUGAGCUCGUCAUACAGUUCAUCACAAGCCAGCUACGUAAAGCCCACUGGUUUCUUUCCUGUCCAACGUGUCACAUUGUACAAAUAGUGAAUAAUUGUACAAUAACACGUGAGUGAGAACCUUUGUGUGUAUUGAAGAAGCGCCUUCUCUCUGGCCUCCUGGCACUGUGUGUCAGUGUAGCACCUGAGCGUGGGCCCAAAGUAAUGCCUCUUCAUGGCAUUGUGCUUAUGACACAUCCAAUACUCUGAACUAUGUUCAGCUAACUGUUAUGCAUGUUUUGAUUUGUUUUGGUUUCUGCAUGUUUCCUUGUCUUUCAUUUGUGUACAUAGAUGUGUUUCUUUCCUAGACGUUUGUCUUGCUGUUACUGUGACAUGAUGCUAGCUGUUGAGAUGCCUCUAGGCUUACUUAUACACAACCUGGCUUGUUUUUCUGCUCAUUAAUGUUUUAUUUCAUAAAUCUCUUGACAUACAAUAUAAAGUCAAGUGGGAAUGCCAUCUUGUUUUCUAUUAAGUUUGACAUUUACUCCAAAGGAUUAGGAAGCUUGUUUUGGAAUGCAUCCCACUUUCCUUCAACAUUGUUUGCUUUGGAAGUGCCCUCAGCCAUAGAUGAUGAUAAUGGAAACCAUCAUGAUAAACUGACUUUUGUGCUGUAAAUAAUACAAUGCCACAACACUCUUACAGAAUAAAAACCCUCUGUUUCAAAUUAUAUUUACAUUUAGCCAGUAUAACAACAGUGUAACUAAUUGAUUAUUGUAACAUUUUCAACUGUAACUGUGAUUGUUCAUUAAAGAGUACUGCUAUAAAA